AUGGCUCCUUCUAAUCCACCAGAAGGCGCGGGGUCCCCUUCCUCCGGUACUCCAGCCGCUGACAGGAAAGGGUCCGGGUCCGUCAAGAGAGCCAGGCAGCUGCUGGAGGCCGGCGUGCGCCCAGAACGAUCAUCGUCGCCUGUCCCGAAACCACCUCCAAUCCUAAUUCGGAAUGUCAAUCAGCAGAUGAAAUGGCCUCUCCGUGAGUCUAGCCAGCAGCCAUAUCCGCCGAACCACCAUCCUAGAUACAUGGUCCCACGUGGUCCUCCACCCCGUGCCCCUCCGCCGCAGCGUCCACAGCGUCCAGGCGAAGUUUCCUCUCAGGUUCCUUCACCAUCAGUCUACACCGCGAGAAGCAGCCAGGACAAUGCUAGAAGACCAACCCAACCCUCUUCACACCCUCAUCCAAAUCAGCCACCGUCUCGCCCACAGACAAGUGACGACAUUCCUGCCAGCCCUGUGAGCACCACAAGUACGACUCUUGGCGGCUCAAUCGCGACAGAUGAACUAUUCAGACGCUCGGGUUGCUCAUCCACGCCCUCCGUACCGGAUGUCCCUCCAUUCCCGCCACCACCGCCAGAGCCUCAAUAUGAUCCUCGCCGACGGACAGCCGGCCUUGUUCCUCCACCCAACGCUCGCCGAGGGCAGCGCGCCCGUCGAUCGUCCGUGUCUCCCAUCCCAGAGGAGAAUCCCGACCCCCGUAACACUCUAGGUUCUCUUGCAUCGAGCCGGGCUAUGCCAUCCAGCUGGGGAUCCGGACUGGCUGAGUCGGAGAUUCUAGGCGCUUAUUUGGACGUUGAGUCUGACUCUGAUGAUGAUUACGACUCUGAUAAUCACUCGAAUCAUAAUGAUGAUAAUAGCGAGAGUCUAGUAAGGAGCGCCAGUCUUGGGAAGAGAGGAAAGCCGACGAUGCGCACAUUCCAAAAGCCCGGCACUGCUUCGGACGCAAAUGCCGAGACACAGUCAAAUAAUACGAAACAAGAUGAAAGCGCUACCGCUGCUGGAGCCGCUGUGGGAGCUAUCGUUGCAGGAGUGGCAGCUCAUCCACAAACACUCCGACCCCCGACUCCUGAACGCAAGGGCUCGGCUUCUACGGCGUCGAGUGAUGGUUCGACUAAGGGCGUCGACCCGGAGAAGCCGCCUAUUGUGCAGGACGAGAGCGUCUACAGCGCGAUGAAUGAGAAAAAGGAGGACCUGCCCAUGGCGGCGCCGACGAUGAGUGACAAUCGGCCAGGCGGCCGCAAGCCUCCUCGUCUGGACAUGGGGGCUGUGCGCAAUGCAGAGGCCCGAGGUAGUCUUUCCAGCUUGACAGAGCUGAUCCGACGCGCUACCAAGCUAGCAUCGAACCUGGACCGUGGGCGGACGGCCAGCCGAGCUGAUCUUGUAGAUGGAGAUUUCAAGGGUGCAUUUGGGCCCCGGCACCGCAACUCUGGCUCGCUGUCGGAUAUUCUCGCUUCGUUCCCUCCGCCGGGACUUUCGACCCCCGAUGAGACUGGCCGUCAGUCAUGGCCAGUCUUCUUUGGACGCUCGAAUCUGCGACACAUCGAACCUCUGUCCUCCAACGAGGAUGGACCCGACUCUAACCGUCGCAGGGCCCGGUGCUGCGGGAUGCCGAAGUGGGUAUUUAUAUUCUUUUGCACGAUCGUCUUCAUCCUAGUCGUGCUCGCCAUCGUACUCCCCGUGGUACUCGUUGCAGUCCCGAACGCGGCAUCCCGCGACCAUCCCACUUGCGCCGAGACGGUCCCCUGCCACAAUGGCGGGGUCAGCGUCUCCAGCGGGAGCGAAUGCUCGUGCGUCUGUUCGAACGGGUACAUGGGACCACAGUGUACGAUCAACGGCGACGGUAGCUGCAUCACGGCGGAAGUCAGCAACAGCUCCAUGACGAGGAAUGCGACGAUGGGCAGUGCGCUCCCGAGCCUGUUCCAGCAGUCCGAGGAUAAGUUCGGGAUGGACCUCGACCCCAUCACCCUCAUGGCACUGUUCAGCGUCAACAAUAUCUCGUGCAAGACAGAGAAUGCGCUCGUCUCCUUCAGCCAGGUCAAUACGGGCAGCAGCAGCAACUCUCGUCGAUCCCUCCUGGCGGGUGAUGACGGGGAGAGUAGUGAGUUUCCCUCGCCCUCGGUCUGGUCGGAGGAGCCCACAGCUGUCUUGGAAGAGCGUGCCGUCGCGACUAUGAACGGGAUACUGUACGACGACGGGGGAACGCCCAAAGCAUCGGAAGACAAAGAUGCCAAGGCGACACAAACGACAAGCACCUCCACCAUUCCGACGGCGACGCCAACCGCCAACUCCUCACCGUCGUCCAAUUCAUCCUCCGUCGUCCCCGUGGCCGUCGUGGAAUUCUCUCAGGUGUCCGUCCUCUACAUCCUGCAGCGAACGGGCUCGCUCAACGCGGCCAUGAGCGCCGAGUCGCGCAUCGAGUCGUACCUGACCCUGACCAGUUCAGGGGACUUGGGGACGUUGGAGGUGGACUCGUUCUCGCUGGACUUUUCCAAGAAGACGAUCCACCGAAGCGGGGAGUAA